GGUCAGGGUCUCGACUAUAUAGCAUCGGCUAACAGCUCUUCUCCCUCUACUCUAUAAUACCGUAUACACCGUAGCACAUAUAACACCGACCGCCAUUUUGUUACAUCCAUAUCCUUGCCGUGAACAUUCCGAACUGUGUGUUGCUCCCAGAAGCUUUAUAAAUCAGAUUAGCAAUGGUACUUGCAGAAUUAAUCGGGGCUUUUAUCGCUGCCCUGAGCAUUCUAUACAUUUAUUAUAAAUUUGUGAUAUUUGAUUUCUGGCGCAAGAGGGGAGUUUUCUACAUCAAACCUGUUGUAUUAACUGGAAAUAUAACAGCCCUCUUAACUGGAAAAAAGCAAAUAGGCGUAUUCUUCCAUGAUAUCUACAUGAAAUAUAAGGAUCAUCGCGCUAUUGGAAUGUAUUCACUUCAUAAACCAAACUUGGUAGUCGCCGAUCUCGAUCUAAUUAAAACGGUGUUAACAAAGAACUUCGCAAGUUUUCAUGAUCGUGGAACGUUCUGCAAUGAAAAAAUUGAUCCAUUGUCCGGUCAUUUGUUUUCAAUGGCUGGAAAGAAAUGGCGAAAUCUGCGUACCAAGAUGACACCAACUUUCACUUUAGGAAAAAUAAAGCAAAUGUUCCCGAUCGUGAAGGAAUGUGGCGAUGAACUCGCAAAUUAUCUGGACAGCAAAGUACAAAUGAGAGAUUCCAUCGAGAUGAAAGAUAUAUUUGCGAGAUAUACAACGGACGUAAUUAUGUCAACUGCAUUUGGUAUCAAAUCCAAUUGUAUUGAGGAUCCGAAUAACGAAUAUCGUAAACAAGAAAAGAAAAUUUUUGAGAUGAAUACGAUUUGGAUCGCCCUAUUUUGGUUCACGCCGAACAUUAUGGAAUUGUUUUCCAUCCCUAUCACACCCCAAUCCGUCACCAGCUUUUUCAUGAAUUUGUUUCGAGAGAAUGUGGAAUACAGGCAAGCUCAUAACAUCAUCAGACACGAUUUUAUGGAUCUGCUGAUUCAACUCAUAGAGAAAGGCUAUGUUGAGCCUGAAAAUAGCACGAAUACCACUACCACCCAGACGACAUCAUCUAUAAAUAAACUUACUAUGGAGGAAGCAACAGCGCAGAGUUAUAUUUUCUUCAUAGCUGGCUACGAAACCUCCUCGACGACAGGAACAUUUGCUUUAUAUGAAUUAGCUCAACAUCAUGAUAUGCAAGACAAAGUUUGCAAGGAAAUCGACGAGAUGUUGGCAAAACAUGGUGGUCUCACCUACGACGCCUUGAACGAAAUGACGUAUCUUCACAAAGUAGUAAAUGAGACUAUGAGGAAAUAUCCACCUCUACCAAUGUUAAAUCGUACCUGUACCGAAGAUAUAAACUUACCGACAAUGAACAUUCAUGUGCCAAAGGGGACUUUAAUCACUAUACCAGUGCUCGGGCUGCACCGAGAUCCGUUGAUAUAUCCAGACCCAGAUAAAUUUGAUCCGGAACGAUUUAACGCAGACGUGGCAGCAGAAAGGCAUACUUAUGCUUUCUUACCAUUCGGGCAAGGUCCCCGAAUCUGCAUCGGUGCGCAAUUUGGCUAUGUACAGACGAAAGUCGGACUCGUGAGUCUUUUAUCGAAAUAUAAAUUCAAUCUUCAUCCCCAGACUUUAGUCCCGCCUAUUUUUGACGAACGUAAUCUUAUUCUUUCGGCAAAAGGUGGCAUACGCUUGAUUAUUGAGCCACGAUAAAAUAAUUGCUCUCUUAAGGGAAUUAGAAAUAUUACUCCUGGCUUAUUUCAAAUAUAUAGAUAUUAGUACAAUUUAAUAGAUAAGAUAAGAUUAUCAUAUAUUAGAUGUUCACACAUACAAUAGUGAAGAAGAUUAUAAAGGUAAAUGUAUUUUAUAAACAACAUUUUUACUCCCGACUGCUGCUAAUCGAAGGUUGGCGAAGACGAGGGAGUAUGCGUUUCAUUAUAAAUAAAUUUUUCUUUUUUUUAUUAUUAUUUAGUCAUUUAAUAAAUAAUAAUAUAUGUCUAUUAACAUAUAUUGUAUUUUUUAUUGCUAUAUUAUUGUUCUCUUAUAUUUAUCAAGCGACAGGACAUUAUCAUUAUGCCAAGUAUACAUAAAGACUCUCCAUGUGAAUAUAUCACCGCAUAAACAUCGAAGCGCUACCUUUCCAGAUUUCUUAUGUCAAACGAGCUUUCGAGAAUAAUGUCUUAGAAACAGAACCAAGUUAAAAAAAUUAAGGUAAAUGCACCAAUGCCUGGACACGUACUACUACUAUAUUGCAAUUGUAAUUUUGAUAGAAAGUAGAUAGAAAGAUCUUUGCCAAAAAUAUUUCUACACUCUUUUUAAUCGAUAUUUCAUUCUAGAGUAAUUGGUUUACCUACUAAUACUAUUUUAUGAGAGUAUAGAUAUAUAAAAGUUGUCAAUGGUGUCUUUUUACGUACAAACCGCGUACACUAUAUAUUUGAGAAAAACUGAUCAUUGUUCCGUUAUUUUUUAAGAUAUUACGUUUUACGGUGAUUAUUGCAUGAUUGUGAUGAUCUCUAAAUAUUUUUAGAUUUUAUGGCACUUUUAAUGAAGGGUUGUGUUGGAAUUUAUAUGUAAAUAAAACUGGAAAUUUUUACAAGCAAG